AUGAGGUGGAGUCGCAAGGACCGUGACGGUCCCCUCCCUCACCCAUGCCGUUUGCGACUGGCAGAGACUGGAGCCACCGGAAGCCUGCUCAUCCAUGGAGUCAUCCCUAGUAGCUGCGGCAGAGUGGCCGUCGGAGGCACCGACGUGAGCUCCUUCACCACCAAGAGCCUCAACUACAUCGGCGUGCCCGAGAAUCACGUCACCUCUCAAGCUCUGCCCACGCCUAGUGAGAAGCAAGCAGUGUUCUCACAUCCUGAUCCUGCAUCAUUUCAUUAUUUUAUUCGAUUUGUUAUGGAUGUGCUUGUCUGGGCUGAAAGUGCUACUGCUGCGCUCAACUGCAGUGGUGUGAUACUGGGAUCCUUGCCAAUAAGCUCUGAAGAUGAUUCAAUUGGUGCGUGUGAAAAAUCUGUUGUUCUGAAACAAAGUACCAGUUCAAGAUGUCAUAGUCGGUCCUCGAAGGAUUUACGGAGCCUUUACGCAAAGAGGAGAAGAGAGAGGAUCAAUGAAAGACUAAGCACGCUGCAGCAGCUAAUUCCUAAUGGCACCAAAGUUGACAUGAGCACUAUGCUGGAGGAAGCAGUUCAGUAUGUCAAGUUCCUGCAGCUGCAAAUAAAGCUCCUGAGCUCUGAAGAUACAUGGAUGUACGCACCUCUUGCCUAUAACCACAUGAGCAUGGACCUCAGUCCAAAUGUUGGUGUGAAGCAAUCAUGA